AUGUCCAACACAAGUGUAUCCAUGGCUCGCGAGAAGCCCUUUCCAGCACCAUUGAACACCCUGGAAGGUUGGACAGAAGAGAGAACGCCGGGAGGCAAGAGUGUUAUUACACCGGGUCCCGAGUCUGCCAACAUGAGCUACUCUCCUCCCGAUUAUCCUCACGACCCUCAUGACGACCAUCACGAUCAUUCGCACGGCCAUUCACACUCUCACGAUCAUUCACACACACAUACUCAUGACCACGCUCACAGUCAUGACCAUGACCAUCAUGGCCAUUCGCAUUCACACGACGACAAGAGCGCCAAAAGAUCUUUAUUUACCAGAAUGAUACUACCAUAUACAGCAAAUCUUCCCAUUUUGAACGCAAUUCUAAUUGAGAAGGACUCUAGGCGCAUUUUCUACUUUAUGGCACUUAACUUUUCAUUCAUGGCUGUUCAAGCAUUCUACGGUUAUGUCACGGAUUCGCUUGGUCUACUGAGCGACAGUAUUCAUAUGUUCUUUGAUUGCGUGGCGCUUAUGGUGGGCUUAUUAGCUGCUGUGUUGAGCAAGUGGCCUCGAAGCCAACGAUUUCCGUAUGGCUUUGGCAAAAUUGAGACAUUGAGUGGAUUCGCCAAUGGCAUUCUUCUAAUGCUACUCAGUGUGGAAAUUGCCUUUGAGGCGUUUGAACGGCUAUGGGAGGGCACGCAGACGAAGCGAUUGGGCGAGCUUUUCGUUGUCAGCACUCUGGGUCUGCUUGUCAAUCUAGUUGGAAUGAUGGCAUUUGGCCACCAUCACCACGGACACGAUCAUGGACACGACCAUGGGCAUUCUCAUGGCGACGACCAUGGUCACGGCCACUCGCACGGUGGUAAUGACUGCCAUGGUCACGACAACGAGAACAUGCACGGUAUUUACCUGCAUAUUCUUGCAGAUACCCUGGGUAGUGUUUCGGUUAUUGUUUCAACAAUACUAACGAGUUUCUGGGGGUGGGCUGGAUGGGAUCCGCUCGCGUCGUGCUUUAUCGCUAUUCUGAUCUUCCUCUCAUCUAAGCCACUCGUUUACUCGUCUGCGAAACGACUCUUGCUUAGCAUUCCUGAAGAUACCGAGUACAACUUGCGAAACAGUCUCGGUGGUAUUUUGAACCAGAGAGGAGUAGUGGGCUAUUCCUCACCCAAGUUUUGGCGAGACGAUCACAGCGCGAGCCCGACCGGAGGGAAGUUGCUGGGCGUUGUUCACGUUAUGGCAGCGCGAGGAGCUCCAUUGGAGGACGUUCGAGAUCGAGUACGCGAAUAUCUCUUGAGAGAAGGGGCGGACGUUGUGGUACAAGUUGAGCGGGAGGGAGAUAAUAACUGUUGGUGCAGCAGAAGGGCUGUUCCAGCACCACCAGCAACACCGACAUUGGCAUCAGCGAAGGCAAUUUAG